CUGCACCACGUCCUCCGUCCGAAGAGGUUCGCAUCCUUUGGCACCUCGUCCUGUGAAUUUCGAGGAGUGGGUGAGGGGGUUGAUAGGUUCGAGGGACCGAGUGCCGGUUGACAGUGCGCCGUAUUGAUCGGUUGUUGUGUCAGUUGUCGUGGAUCAGGAAGCGGGCGAAAGACGGAAUAACGGCUUGUGUUGAUCGGUGAUGCGGGAAUCGAAGUGUGAUUGAGAGCAUGAUCGAGGCGGUGUUUUGAUCCAGCUAUUGGCCGCAUGGUACCACCUACGUCGGCUGAUGGCAUUCUGAUUCGGACCGGCAGUGGUUGUGCUGUUCGUGCAUACGGGCACGGUGUGCUUAAUGUGGAAGCAGCUAGUUAGCCGGUCUAAUUAAUCGCCCCGUGAACGACGAGCGCCGCGUACCGUAACGUCAGAUAGUAGUGACUAGGUGCGUCUCGCAAUUAGUUAUUUAAAUAAGUGAACCGGAGGCUCGAGCUGGUGCGGAGCAGCAGGAGAGCAUCGCGCUGUUACGAACAAGACGUGGUAGAUAGCAUAAUAAGUGAGAAGAGAAGGCCUGAUCCAGAUUGCGGCAAACUCCAAACCCACUUAUCACGGAUCUCGAUCGCGGAAGCCAUGUCAACCCUGACUGAUUAGACCAUACGUACCGUCGGUCAACGGCCGCAGGUGUAGAUAAUGUUUCACGGAAGCAGUAGCUCCGGGUACGGCGCUGGUUCCGACUACCAACAACAAUCCCAGCAGCAGCAGCAGCAGCAACAACAGCAACAGCAACAACAGCAACAGCAGCACACCCAGCAACUCCAGGCCCCCGUCUACGUUCCGUCCUCGAGGCCCACCCUUGCCUCUGCGGCAACCGCCGCUCAGUAUCACUCGUUUUCCGCCUCCGCGUCCCCGGCUUGGGAGAAGACGGCGUCAUGGCAGCACGGCGUUGAGUCCUACGCUGCUCAUCACGCGUUGACGGGUCACUCGGGUGCCUCGUCCGGGGGAAUGGGACCCCACGGACCUCACGGGCCCCAUGGACCCCACAGCAGUCACCCCCACUCGGCCCAUCCCCAUUCCACCCUCGCAGCCGCUGCCGCUGCUCCGUUCUACGCGCAAAACGUCGCCAUGAUGUCUUCUUGGAGAGCUUACGACGGCAGUGGAUUUCAGAGAGCGUCGCCCUACGACACCGCAAUGGACUUUCAAUUCGGCGAGGGAAGAGAGUGCGUUAAUUGUGGUGCGAUAUCGACGCCUCUCUGGCGGAGGGACGGAACCGGUCAUUACCUCUGCAACGCCUGCGGUUUGUACCAUAAAAUGAACGGGAUGAACCGACCGCUGAUCAAGCCCUCGAAACGCCUCAUCUCUGAAUUUCAGACCGCUACCCGCCGGCUUGGCCUCUGCUGCACGAACUGUGGCACGAGGACGACGACCCUGUGGAGGCGCAACAACGAGGGCGAACCCGUAUGCAACGCCUGCGGACUCUACUUCAAGCUUCACGGAGUCAACCGACCCUUGGCCAUGCGGAAGGACGGGAUUCAAACCCGCAAACGGAAGCCAAAAAAAACGCCCGAGCCCAACGCGCGACCCUCCAAUGAACACGACAACUCCACCUCGACCACCUCAUCGCCCUCCGGAGCGGAGUUGAAACCGAGCCAACAGCAGCAGAGAUCUCAACAGCAACAACAGCAACAGCAACAGCAGCAGCAGCAAAUAGACACGUCGAAGGCGUCUCACUCCAGUACGGUAAGCUCGGAGAGGCCUGUUUACCUCGGGCACACCUCUCUGCUCGCAAGCACAGGCACAGCGACGGUGAAAGCUGAGCCCCGAACUUGCGACGGUGGAAUCGGGCAGCAGUACGCCUCCUACUAUCAGCACCCUCACCAGCUUGGAACACCGGCCAGCGAUCACCAGCAGCAAGGCUACUACGGAUCGGGGCAAGAGGCCCCCUAUCACCACCAGCACCACGUAACGGCGGCAGCGAAGCUCCUCGCCUCGUCGUAAGCUUUUCUCUAUGCCGACGAAAGCUGCCGGUCACAAUUCAUACCUGCGUUACCCUUCUUCUUGCGAGCUGCGCGAAUCAACGAGCUCUCGGUAAUAAUUUAUCGUGCGACAAGGAGGCAAACUCGGUCGCUUCGGGAAGCGGACCGUAAGUUUGCAACACGAGUCGCCGGUGAGCCGAAGAAGAAUAUUGACGAGGGUGAAGUUAGUAGCGUUGCUGUGUUGAUGUGUGCUCAGGGAAAAUCGUUACUUCGCACCUUUAGGAUCAUAUUGAAGUUAGUAAAGGAAGAAUCGUUGUUUCGCGUUUUUGGAAUUGUUUGAAAUUCGGUAAACCGUAAUAAAAGAAAACACAAUCAUAUCUCGAAACCCCGUUUACUUCAAAAUCAUUGUAGACCCAAGAAAAUUCUACUUUUCACUCCAAUGUAUCGGUACGAUAACGUUACCAACAUCAACCUUGUCCUUUAGGAAUGUCUGAAAUUUAGUAAACCAUGAUGAAUAAAAUAUACUGGUAUUUUGCGAGACCAACUCCCUGCAAGUCUUUCUAAACUUGCGCAAUAACGAAUUUUUCCCUGAUGUUUCGUUACGUUAACGUUACUAACA